UAGGUUUUUGCAAAAUCAUCACAGUUUCAUUCUAAAGCUUGUGCUGAAUCGUUCAUAUCUGAGCAGUUUUUUAUCUUCUUCGAUUAUAAAAGUUAAUCAUGAGAGUUUUGCUUAUAUUAUCAUUGAUUGGUGUGGCGUGUGCCGAGAAUGCAUUUUUGGCUCCAGCUCCAUUGGCCUAUUCGUCGUUGAUUGUAGACGAACCAAAGCCAAGCUAUGAAUACAGCACCUCUGUACAAACACCAUCAUACAACAACUAUGCACACGUACGCUCUGGCGGAAAUUUUGAGCGAAAAAUUUACAAUUUUGGCGCUCCAUCAUUUGCUGCGCCAGCAUUUGCAGCCCCAGCAUUGGCCGCAGAACCAAUUUUGGCCGAAGCGAAAUUCAUACAACCCGCAAUUGCACAACCGAUCCUUAAAGCAGCUCCGUUAAGCACUGAACUCCGUACAAUUGCCGCGGCACCAGCCUAUGCUAUUCCCACCACUAAAUUGUUACCAAUUGCUUAUGAAACAAAACCAUUCUAUCGAUUUGCUGCUGCACCAGCUGCCGCUCAAAUUUUAAGCGUUGAAAAUAAAUUUAUUGGCGAAGGAAAAUCACAAUAUCAUUCACAAAAUGAAUUGGGCGAAGCGACUUAUGGACACCGUGAACCAUUCCAAUCGCAUGAUGCUGUUCAAGAUGCACAAGGUAACAAGGCUGGUUCGUUCUCUUAUGUUGCACCCGACGGUCGAUUGUUGACCACCGAAUAUAUUGCCGAUCAAGCUGGCUAUCGUGUUGCAUCAAAUGCAUUACCAAAUGCACCAAAUGGCGCCCUAGCAUCGGCCGCUAUUCAACCAAUCAUUGCAGCCGUUGAAAAACCAGCCGAAUUUAACGAUGCCGAAGGUAUCGUUGUUGAGGCAAAAUCACGAAGUCGCCGUUCAGUGGCCAUUGCUCCAGCCAUUGCUCCAGCCAUCGCUCCAGCACCUUCAGCCUACUCAUACAGUCCACUUGCUUAUUCAGCAUACUCCUAUCCAAUCUCGAGCUUAUCAUAUUCAGCACCAGCAGCAUAUUCAGCCCAAGCAGCAUAUUCAGCACCAGCAGCAUACUCUUCAUUGUACUACAAUGCACCACUCUAUCGUUCAUACGCUUAUCCAUCAUACCCAGCUGUAUACAGCUACGCAUUACGAAAAUAGAUAAAAACCGACUGAACACCAAUUCACUCAUCAUAACAUAACAAUGGAUUAUCUUUUUUCUUUAAAUCGAAAUUCCCAUGUUAAUGACUAUUAAAAUGCAACUGUGUUUUUAAGACAAUUUCGAAAUCGAAAUAAAUGAAUAAAUUCAUACAAGAAAUCAAAAACAUGAA